CACCACGUGCUUUGUAGUAGUGGAAAAGCCUAUAAAAAGCCGAUAUUAUUAUACGGAGUAAGGAAUUAUAUCCAUAGUCUGCAAAAUGCGUUAAAGUGCCGGCUAACAUAAUCUUCAAUUAUUUUGUAUGUCUCAGUUUUGUUAAAAAUGUCUAUGUUGUACGACGAAUUUAAACCACUCGUAGAUCUGGUUCUAAGCAAUUGGACUGCUUUGCAAUUGGCUAUAGAUCAUGGAAUGGGUUCCAGUGGACCGAAGACAGGUCAACUUGUAUCAGACUACAUAACCCGGUACUGUGUUGAAAACUUGGGAGGAGACGUUGAUAACCUCACUGAAGUGUUAGAAGACUUGAUGGAUGAAGAAUUUGAUACUGUGUGUGAGGAUAAUUCACCUAAGGAAGUGGCAAUAGUACUGCUACAAUACUUCACACUACUCAGAGAGGGUAAACAACAUGAAUUACAAGCAAGAAUUGCUGCAAUGCCUGUUUGCCAAAAGGGAUUGAGCCAAAAUGUUAGACAACCAAUGAAUCCUGGUGAUCCUGACGAUUCAGAGAGCAGUAGUGGAGAUGAACUUAAUGAUGCACCUACAAAUGGCACUGUACCACCAUUAGUUCAUAAUCAACAACCAGAACCUGAACCAAUGGAUGAAGAUGUAGACCCGGGCUGGACUGUAGUGAGAACUAGGAGAAAAAAGUAGUGUAGUCUGUAAAUAAACUAGCUGCAUUAUAAUGUAUGUGUAAUUGUAAGGUGUAAUCAGCAGCAGAAGCAGAUAUAGCAGUUAACACAUUCAGUGCCAGCCCGAGCUACGCGCUACGAGCGUAGCCGAUAACACGGGAAAAACCGUAUGUAGCGAAAAGCGCCUACGAACAGUGAACUCCCCUAGGGAGUCACUGGCACUGAAUGUGUUAAGAGUACUUAAACAUAUAAAGAAUUUUAAACUGUGUCAAAGUAGUGCCCUAAUACACAAAGUAUCAUGAUAGUGCAGUGUUGCAAAUAUUUCGAUUCCUCUAUUUGCUUAGCUACUUCUGCUACAAACAGUACCAACAAAACUUAUGGUUUUUAUUGCUACAUUUAAACAAAUGUAUCAGUGUAUAUCAUGGUUGGUAACAAAAGUUACUAAAUAAAAUAAUUAAUAAUUAAGUAAUGUUAA